AACCGAACUCAUUUUUUUUGGAGUUAAAAUGGAAUAAAGACACACGAAACACGAAUAUUUGACAAAUCCGUAUUAGUACGUGAGGAUAUCCCGCUUUGCUCUCAAGAGGAAACUCUUACCAAAUAUGGUAAAAUACGUCAUAGCACGUGAUAAGCUUCGUGCGUUACUCCCUCCCGGCAGCACUAUUUCCCGUAAGUACGGAGGGGCGUGGAAAAUCUAUAGUCCUGCUUUAAGAGUUUACAGCCUUACAAUCAUUCCCAGACUUUGGCUUCUUCGUGGGUGACUCAGCACGUGCGGCUGUGCAGAAAGCCAGUUUGGGAAGUUUUUGGUUUUUUGAGGGGGGAAGCGUGCCGUUAUUUCUUUCCGUGUUCCCCUCGAAGACGGUCUUGUUUGGACUCUACCGAUUUACCGCAAUAAGGUGGGCUUGCCUACGUUUGAAUCAACACGCGAAACUCAACCCGAGAGUAAUUUAGUGAGACCUGUAAGCUAUUAAAACAUCUGGAAGAGGUUUUCCUUCUACUAUUUAAUCGGGAAAGAUGUAUCGAAACUUUGGGAGUCACGGUCGAGGCAACCCGACUUACACAAACCCGUCCGGAUCUUCUGUGCCUGGAUCAAGUCCUGUAUCUCUGGGGACCAGCACGUCCACCACCCAACAGGAGCAGAAAUUCACCAUGGCUGGAAGCAGUCAAUUUGUACCAAGUCUGGAUGCCAUCACAACCAAUCAAGACCUCCAGUGGUUGGUCCAGCCAUCCCUCAUGCAUCCACCAGGCCCCUCUGCAUCUCCGAGACCUUCUUACCCAACUCUCUCAGGGGUGCGACCUCUGAUUCAGCCUCCAUGCCAAUCCCACCUCAUCCGACCAGGAGUGAUAAGAGCAGCAGCAAACACUACGACAUCAACGAGACGCAGGAAUGACGAGCAUUUAUCUCCAGAAGAAAUGGAAAGACGCAGAAUAAGAAGAGAACGGAAUAAACUGGCAGCGGCAAAAUGUCGUAAUCGCCGUCGUGAGCUGACCGACUCGCUUCAAAAUGAGACCGACCAGCUGGAAGAUGAAAAGUCACGUUUACAGAAGGAAAUAGCUGAACUGCAAAAGCAGAAAGAAAAGCUGGAGCUGGUCCUUGAAGCUCAUCGUCCCAUUUGUAAAAUAGAAGAAUCUGAUUCAGAUUCUGACCCAAACACUGCACUCUCCUCUAUAGGAGAUGUCAAAAUGGAGUCAGAGGAUUCCAGCAGACCUGGGCCUUCAACAUCACAUCCAGUAAAGCUGGAGAAACCCAAACCCAAGAUAACCAUCCCCACUAAACCUGUGACCUCAUAUUUUGCUGCUACGUCUGAAUCGGAAUCACUCCACACCCCCGGUUCUCACAUCUACACCUUCUCUAACUCCGUUCACAGCUGGUAUUGUUUCACUUAUCCCUCUGCUUCUUCAGACAUCACCAUCACCCUCCCAUGUUACCUCGCAACAGUCCAGCGUAAAGCUCAGGCCGCACAGCCUUGUGGGAUUGCUCAUCGCCGCAGCAGUAGCAGUGGUGACCAGUCGGAAUCACUCCCUCACUCACCGACCAUCCUCACUCUUGUGACUGACAGCCUGUGGUCCUGACAAACACUAAUCUGCAGUCCAGGAUGCUGUGACAAAAGGGUGUCUGGGAAACGUGACAGAAAUGAAAGUGAUUGUAAAAUGCAUUUCAAGUUGAGCUCAUUGCAUCUGCUUUAUUUCACCUCUUUUGGAAGAUGGUAUUGAAUUUAGAUAAUAUGCAAAGUAGUGGCAUUAUUGUGAUGUGAUUGUUGCACUCUUUUAGAUUUAACGUAGCCUUUAUAUUUGUAAUUGUUUAAAUCUAUUAGGUGACGUAAGAAAUACUAAAAAAGUAUUGCAUGCAGAAUAUAUGCUAUAAGGAAUGAAAUUCCUGAAAACAAAUGUGAUAGGUUCAAAUGUAUCCAUCAUGACUGUUUAGUGUGAUAUUGACAUGUUACAUCUUGUUAUGUAAUACUUUAUAGACACUCUCAAAACAGAGUAAAAUGUUUAUUUUUUGUAUGAGGCUUUUAGGAAUUCUACAAUGUCUAUGCACAUUAUUGACCUCUAAGGCUGGGCCGUAGGAGUGGAUAUAGAUGAUUUAAUCACAUAUUUAUUUUUGAGAGUGUAAUAUAUUUUUGGUAUACUUUCUCUGAUAAUGGUUUUUGUGGGCAGUGCCUUACAUUUGUCAAA